GAAGAGUGUCAGAACAUCACUCUGGACAAACUGGAGUCCAUGCUGGAGAUCCUGCAGACGGACUCCAGACAGGGAACCGUCACGCCCACAGAGAUAGCAGACAACAUCCUCAACAUCAUGGGUGACCUCAUCCACCAGGUGAGCCAAUCAGCCUCCUCGCAGCACGUCCACCACGCCCCUCAGCUGGACUCCUCCCCCCGGUGGACGACCACCCCCCGGCGCGUGGCAGCCAAGGCCUACAGCCUGUCCUCCUCCUCAUGAUGAUCCUGAUGAGCGCCCGCGUGCUCAACGAGGAGCCGCUGGUGCUGCGAGGGGACGAGAUUGCCGCCACGGGCAAGAGGGCCGACGCCCAGAGCCUGCUCUGCUACCACGGCAACGACAGCCCCGAGUGUGAGAGGUUCUCCAUCCCCAGAGCCUUCAACAGCAGUCUGGGCAGAGCUGCACCAGGACAGAGCAUCAUGCAGCUCAUGUUCCAGGUGGAACCGAACCCGUUCCCCUUCAACUUCGUCCCUAACCACACCGUCUCCACUGAGGUGGCCUCCAUGGAGUUCCGUACGGACAACGGCUCCCACAUCCCCAUCCAGCACCUAAGCGCCAGCCAGGCCAUCACCGUCGCCGUUAACAACGGCUCGGAGGGCGGCGGGGGGGCGGGCAGGAGCGGGAGGAGCCCCGUUUACAACUGCACCGACAGGAAACGCAUCACGCGCAACAUGACCAGGGGGAGGGACCUGGACCACAGGAAGUACACCUUCUUCCUGUCCCCAGAGUAA